AGCUAUUUACAUUGAAGAAUUAAAGCAAUCUAUAAAAAGUAAAACCAAACCAGAGAAAAGUAACACCACUUAUUAAAUUAUUACAAAAAUAAUGUGCCGUGUUAGUCAAAGAACACCUUCUUCUUCAUCUCCUUUUUUUGAAUAAAAUAACCAAUUGAGUUAAUGCAUAUGUAUUCUUCUUCAUAUCCUUAGUUCUCUCUCUCUCUCUCUUUCAAUAAUCUGUUCUACACAAAACAGCUCAAGAAAGCUUCUUCAAAAGCCUUAUUCUUCGUUUGCUUCCAUUCUCUACUAAUGGGUUCUUGCCUCAGCUCUCGUGUUGACCAUAAGAGCAGUAGUAGUCUCGACGACCUUCACCUCUCGAGUUGUCAAUCAUCCUCCUCGGCGGCUGAUAAGAGAGAAGGAGAGAUACUUAGCAAAGCAAACGUUAAGAGCUUCACCUUCAGCGAAUUAAAACUCGCAACCAGAAACUUCAGACUAGACUCUGUUGUCGGAGAAGGCGGUUUUGGUUCUGUCUAUAGAGGUUGUAUCGAUCAGACAACUCUCACUCCAACUAAAUCGAGCUCCGGUCUUUUAGUUGCUGUCAAGAGUCUUAACCCUGAUGGCUUUCAAGGUCACCGAGAAUGGCUGACAGAGAUCAACUACUUGGGACAGUUAAGUCACCCAAACUUAGUUAAACUGAUUGGUUAUUGCUUGGAAGAUGAACAUAGGCUUCUUGUGUACGAGUUUAUGCACAAGGGUAGUCUUGAAGAUCAUCUCUUCACAAAUGAUGUGAAGCGUAAGCCGCUCUCUUGGUUAUUACGGGUUAAGGUUGCGCUUGAUGCAGCUAAAGGGCUCGCGUUUCUUCAUAGCGACUCUGUUAAAGUCAUAUACCGAGACAUAAAGGCCUCGAACAUCUUGCUCGACUCGGACUUCAAUGGAAAACUUUCAGACUUUGGGUUAGCUAGGGACGGUCCAAUGGGAGAAACAAGUUAUGUUAGUACGAGGGUUAUGGGUACAUUUGGCUAUGCCGCUCCUGAGUAUGUGUCAACAGGUCACUUGAAUGCCAAAAGCGACGUAUACAGUUUUGGGGUUGUGCUUCUAGAAAUACUAUCUGGAAGGCAAGCAUUGGACCAUAGCCUCCCGACCAAGGAGCAAAACCUUGUGGACUGGGCACGACCGUACCUCACAAGCAAGCGUAAAGUUCUAUUAAUGGUGGACACUCGUAUUAACUCACAGUACAAACCCGACGAAGCAGUGAGAAUGGCAAGCAUUGCUGUGCAGUGCAUCUCGUCUGAACCAAAGUCACGACCAACCAUGGACCAAGUGGUCCGAGCCUUGAUACAACUACAGGCAAGCAUGGUUUAACCGGCCAAAGUUGACACAAGUAAAGAUACCAAAAGACUUGUGGGAUUGUAGUAGGUAGAUAAAGAUGGGGUUACUUACUGUGGUUAGGUCUCAUGUCUCCUCGUGUGGUGUAAUAUUCCUCACUGCUUCCACGAAACAAACACUUAGGCUACAUGAUAUGUUUUGAAAGAAGAUGCCCCACAAUUCUUUUCUUCUUUCAAAACUCCUUAUUGUAUCCAAUGUCCUGCAGCUCCUGCCUAUAGAUUCUUUCUAGGAAAUAUUUUGAGUUGUACUCUCUGUAUAUUUUAAAUUAAAAUUCGACUCUAUAGAUAAAAUAUAUCAAUUUUCUCCGGAAAAUAUUAUAGAUAUAGUCUAAUGAACUAUUUUCCAUGUCUAUACUAUUAUUUACGAACUGAUUUUUCGAAACGGAGCUUUCACGUUAAAAGUUGGACCGGUUAAAAUCAAUGAUACCUUUAAUAAAAAUUUAUAUAUAAUCAAAAAUGAGUUUAUAUUAAUAAUAUAAUUAUUUUUUUAUUGAAUAUCAAAUUUAUUGAUCAAAUGUGGAAAAAAGAUUUACAUAAAUAUGAUUUAUUGUUCUAAUAUGUAAAGAAUAAAAGAAUGAUAUAUUCUAGUAGGUGUAGACAAUAAACCAUUUCACUAGCAGUCCUCUCAGCUUAUGGUUUCCCCUAUACUUCACUGAAGAGAUUCGGUUUUUGAUCAAUCUCCCAAUGACCUUAGUAGUCGUAUCCACAGAUGCACAAACACCUCCAUGCCUUCUUGAGUUCCUCUCCUUCCACAACACAUAAAUGGCAGUCUGAAACACUAACCGGAGAAGUAUAGUGUCUAAUAUGUUCCUGUUUGGGCGUUGCAAGGAGGCAAUUGUAUCUUCCCAGUCCGGCGUUGUCACUGCACCAAGCAGUUUCUCUGCAACAUUCAUCCAUACUGUGAGAGUAUAUUGGCAAGCGAAAAACAAAUCAUCUCUGCUUUCAUCCUUCUUUCGGCAGUAGACACAGCCUUUCUGUGUUCCCCAUUCUCUCAUUCUAAUAGUAAUACCGGUUGAUAAUUUGUCCUUAAACACUAACCAAACCAUGAAGGCUUGUCGGGGGUUGGCCUGAGGGAACCACACAAUACAAUGCCAUGGGAGUUUGGUCUUUUUAACUCGCAGGUAGUCCCAAGUCUUGGUAGGUGAGAAGUAUGGCUUGAAAUCAUCCUCUUCAUGCCGCCAUAAAGCUAUAUCUGGCCCCGCAAUAGCUACCGGCCGUGGAGCCUCUGCAAGCGUAUCACAAAGAUGGGGGUAUCGUCUAUGUUCACACCUCCGAAUGUUCCAUCCGUUCUCUUGGGCUGCUUCAGCAAGAGUAGCAAACUUACUCACUCCAAGAUAGCAAAUGCCUAGCUCUCAUGUGAUAUCAAGCAAUCUACCCAUCUCCAGCCAGUUGUCGAACCAAAAGUACACCGCUUCUCCAUUUCUAACCUCCAACCGAAUGCACUCAUAUGCAACAGGUCGAAGCUUUAGCAACUUCCGCCAGACCCACGGUCCCUUUUUAUCACUAGAAUCCCAGUAAGAGCUGUCCUUUAGUAGAUAAUUUCGAGUCCAAGCAACCUAAAGUGAACCAGUUAGAGAGAACAGUUUCUAGAUAAGACUUUAGUGCAAAUACUCUCGAAGUAUCGCUGAGACACCUGAUGCCUAGUCCACCUUCCUCCUUGGGGCAACAAACAUCUUUCCAAGAAACUUUGGCUUUAUGAGUAAUGGUUGGCGAACCAGACCAUAAGAAGGCGCUGCACAUACUCUCAAUGGUAUCUAAACAGCCUUGUGGCAAAAUAAACGCUGAGCUCCAAAAGUUGACGAUACUUGUGAUCACAGACUUUAUCAGUUGAAGGCGUCAUGCGUCUAAGAGAGAAUUAUUUUGCGAAUCUGAUUAAUAAGAGGCUCAUAUUCCAGCUUGCUCCAAGACUUGGUCGUGAGAGGCAUAUCCAAAUACCUCACCGGUAGCGUUCCAGACACAAACCCACGGCUCUGAGCAGCCUGAGUUAGUAGAUGUUGGUUCAUCCCUGCGGUGAAUAUGGACGACUUGGAGAUGUUAAUUUGUAGACCUGAUAUGGCUGCAAAUUGAUCCAUAACAUCAAGAACCCCGUAGAGACCUCACACUUCCAUCAGUGAAAACUAUUAUAUCAUCAGCGAAGGUGAGAUGAGUGAGCUGAACCUGCUGACACUGCGGAUGGUAAUCAAAGAGACCGUCUGCUGCUGCCUUAUUCAACAUCCCAGAGAGAGCAUUGUUCACGAUCACAUACAGAUAGAGAGAGAGUGAGCACCCUGUCUGAUCCCACGAGCGCUUCUGAAAAAACCUUCCAACUCUCCAUUUAUAGCGACCGAGAAUGAAGCUGUGGAGACGCAGAGAUAAAUCCACCUUAUGAAUUGGCUAGGCAGUCCCAUUGCUUGAAGUACUGCGGUAAUGAAGCUUCAUUUGACAGUGUCGAAAGCUUUUGACAUAUAUAGCUUGAUAGUGCAGCGAUCAGAUUUGCUGGGGAGGUGAUAGCCAUUCACCAAUUUUGUGGCCAACAGAACAUUCUCCAAUAAUAGUCUCCAUUUGAUAAACGCACUUUGGUUGGGCUCAAUGGCUGCAUUGAGUAUCGUUUUGAGGCAGUUAGCAAGGAUCUUUGAAAUUACCUUGUAGAUGAUGUUGCAGCAAGAUAUCGGUCUAUAGUCAUUCAUGGCUGAGCUGGGUUUUUCUUGGAAUCAAAGCCAGUAUAGUGGAGUUUACACCGGUGGGAAGAAAUCCAAAGAGGAAGAAUGAUUGUAUCGCCAUGAUGAAGUCUUUGCCUACAAUAGGCCAGGCCGCUAUGAAGAACUCCUUGGUGUAGCCAUCAGGCCCCGGGACUUUUUCAUUUGGCAGAAUCUUUAAGGUUUGGAUAAUUUCAUCUAGGGUCACAGGAGAGAUUAGAAGAGACUUGUCCUAUUGUGAGCAGCGAAAUCUCAUCAGAAAUUGCAGCUCAUCUACUGGGAUAGGCGUACUUCGGGUUGGUUCAGUUUGGAGGAACUUCUGGAAAUGAUCAACCGCUUCCUUCCUGAUGGCUGAGGGCUCUGUCAAAAUUUCACCGGCCUCGGUAUACAACACAAUAAUAAAUAUAUAUAUUUUAAUGAAUUUUUUAUAUAUAUAAAUAAUAUGAUGUUUGAUUUAAACCUUUUUAAAAUAUAAAUAAUAACUUAAUAUGCUUAUUUUUAAAUUAAUAAAACAUAAAUUAAUAAGUAUUCGUAAGAAUAGUAAAUCCGCAUGUGCGGGCAAAACACAUAGUAUUUCAUUGGUUAUAAAUGUAACUGAAUGAAAAGAUUCACAUUUCAACAAAAAAAAA